CAACAGAGGGAUGGGGACGUGAGUAAUUGGGACAGAUUUAAACAUGGACGCAUGAUUUAGGAUUCUUUCGAAGACAGGAGCGUUCAUUGUUGGCCCGACUGGUGGAAUUGGAACUUUGUGCAAUUUGAACAGAGCCAGCGUGCCGCUGCACUGCACUCAUGCAAACUUCCUGUCCUCGCGGGAAUAAAGACCACAAACUGAAGAAAAAGUAUGCUUUGGGUGGAGGAUGCUUAUACUUUACAGUAUCUUAAGUGUGGCCUUCUCGGGUGAAAGAAUUCCGGCAAAACAAGAUGGUGACAGGAUGUGAUGCCACACACGGAUAAACCUCUUCAGUAGCAGACGUUGCGUGACGCCGGAUCCACUCUGCUGGACUUUGAAUGACUCGCAAGAUUCUCCCAGGAAGCCAAGAUCCUUCCAACACAAAGGAACCUCGGCCGGGGAGCCAUGUGACAUCUGGCGACAUGGGGUCACAGUGCUGGAAUUGAACGGAUCUUCGAAUCGGACUUGGGACAUUUUCCACUCAAACGUCAGAUAAACUUCCGACAUUCCGACAUUGCCAUGAGUCUAGGAAAACUCCCCGGGAUUAAAGCCCUCGUGUCCGGCUCUCAGGACCGCCGUCGCUUCAAGAGUGAACUCUCCGUGGACAUGAUCAGCCCGCCGCUGGGCGACUUCCGCCACACCAUGCACGUGGGGCGCGGCGGGGACGUGUUUGGCGACACCUCCUUCCUCAGCAACUACGGAGGCGGAGCCAAGGAACCAGGGAGCCCGGACUCGGCCAACAGCUCCAAGUCAACCGGCUUCUUCACGCGCACCUUCAGGCACAUACGGAAGAAUUCCGGACCACGGGGUGAACUCCGGGACUUUUCCUCGCCGCCGCCGCCGGACAUCUCGCCCAUCAUCAAGAACGCCAUUUCUCUGCCUCAACUCAACAUCGAUUCCCCAAACGGGUGCCUGCAAAGAGCCGUGCUCCCAAACUCCAUCAGCUCCACAGAUGGCUCCAUCUGCACGUAUGGUUUCCAGUCUGGAUUUGUUACUCUGCCGCGCUUCUCCCGCCUUGACAGACAGCUUCCCGAUGAAGACGUCCACAGAAGAUCCAUGCGAGACAACCACAGCAAACCUCGGACCCGCUCCGACUCCCUCACCUCCUUCAUCCUGGACCUGGGCCCCUCUCUGAUGACUGAGGUUCUGGGCUUGUUUGACAACCGUAGCGGCCUUCAGAUGGCCAGCCAGACCACAAAGGAAGAGGAACAGGAAGAGCAGGAGGAGGAGGAUGCCGAUGAUGAUGAUGAGGAGGAUGACAGGUCUCUAACCGAGACUUAUGUGAGCCCUGGUGUGAGUUCCACAAACUCCUCGGUGCGCAGCGGGUCAUGGAGAAGGAACACAAACAGUGAGGAGCAUUCCUGCAGCACCAGCUGGACAGAAGAGGACGGGAGGUCGACUGCGGCGCCUUCCCGAUCUCCUCCCGUGUCUCCUCCCAGAGCGGAAGCCGUCAUGGAGUCGGAGCGCUUCCAGAGGGCGGCUGAUGUGCUGUCCCGGCAUUACGGUGGGGGCUCGGUCACACGGAGUUUUUCCAAAACGUCGUACACGUUCUCGGAAGAGGAGGAAGAAAUCAAAGUGUAGACGAGGCCAAGGAAAAUCUACCGCCGCCAUUUUGUACACCUUAUUUAAGAUUAUGUAAGUCAUGUGAUGAUAUUGUAAUAAUAAUUAUAUUGUAAUAUUGUCAAGGAAUUAAAGCAGACCACAGCAGGCACAUCACUUUGCAUUAAUCCUACAUACUCACUUGGAAUUGUGCAGUACUCAUAAUCAAGUAAAGUAUACAUGAAUAGAGUUAGUAUGCAGUACAUGAGUUAGUCAGAUUUCUUCUGCAGUUAAGUGGAGCCUGAACACAUCAUUUGAAAUGGGAAAACUAUUCUGUAGAUAUACUAUCAUAAGAUUAACGUGGACAUUCAUGAACGUUUUUAAACAUGUUGGCUGGUUAAAUAAACUUUCUCAUAAUGGAACAUGGUUUAAUUUAAUACCCACCCUAAUAUUGUUUUGGCCGUUAUUUAUCCCGGGAAGUAAGAUAUGAGUUGUAAUAGGAAAAAAAUGCUCUGAAAAAAAGCGUUCAUCCCAAACGUCUUUCAGGGCUCGCUUCCGAAAUGUCGUUUAACAAAAUAAUACAACAACAUUCCACUUAGAAAAGUGGAAAUAACAUAAUAGGUCCCCUUUAAGAAAAAAGUCAAAAUUGUAAAUGAAAAAAACAGCAAAAAUGAAGGACAAAAAGACCAAGUUAUAUACCGUAUUUUCUGGACUAUAAGUCGCACAAGGCCAAAAAUGCAUAAUUAGGUAUAAAAAAAACAUACAUACAAGUCGCAUUUUUUGCAGGUAAUUUAUUUUACCAACUACUUGACCAAAACAGACAUUACACCAUCUUGGAAGGCAAGUUCUAACAAUAAUAAACGAAUAUAUAACAGGCUGAAUAGGUGUAAGCUAUGCUAACACAAUGCUUAUUCAGCUACACAAAAAAUAAACAUAACAUAACAUAAACACUUUUUUCAUGUAUAAGUCGCUCUGGAGUAUAAGUCGCAGGAACAGCCAACCUAUGAAAAAAAGUGCGACUUAUAGUCCGGAAAAUACGGUAUAUUGGCUUUUAUGCUGAAAAACGAUACACCGACAUUGCCCAAAUCUCCAUUUCCGAUACCGAUAUGUGUAUCGGUAUACUGCAUUUUGUUUUUAAAUAUCGAUUUUCAUGAUCGGGAAAAAUUCUGAUAUUAAUCUUGAACGAUAUCACAUUUUGAUACUGAUAUUGUGUGGAUAAUCAUUUCUAUUUAUACAGCUAUAUAUAUAAAUUAUUAGCAUAUCUUGCAUCGUUAGCUCGUUUGUUAAUUAGGCUAUAUUAUUUUACUUACGCAGCUAGUAAAAUCAGUCAGCGGCUUUGGGCUGUUUCUCACAUUUAAUGCAUUUCCAGAACAGUCAAUCAAACAGUAUAUUGUGCCCCCCCCCCCUCCCCAAUCUGAGCCAUACAAUGUAUUAAGUUGUACUGCAUGUUUUAGGCGCACUACAGAGAAAUAAACAUAAUUGUCAAUGGGGUAUUACCAGAAUAUUUGAAUUGUAUUUAAAUGUUGCAUUGAGAUUUAGGAAGUAAAUUGGGACCAACAUGCAGCCAUUAUGGUUGGAUGGAGCUUAGCAAAUCUUUAAGCAGGUAAGUUUGAAGUCUCCUGUGAUUCUGAAGUAGUUGAUGACGUCCAUAUCGACUCGGUUGGGAAACUG